CCGGGCGGGCCGGGGCGGGGCGGGCCCGGCGGCGGCGGCGGUGCGGGAGCGGCGGCAGGAUGGCGGGACAGGCUCCUCCCGUGCCCUCGUCCUGCGAUUGUUUCGUGGCGCUGCCGCCGCACACGGCGUCCCCCGCCGUCAUCUUCGGCAAGAACGCCGAUCGCCCCCGGGACGAGGUCCAGGAGAUCGUCUAUGUCCCCGCUGCCACCCACCCGCCUGGGGACAAAGUCCAGUGCACGUACCUGCAGAUCGAGCAGGUGGAGCGCACCCACGCCGUGGUGCUGAGCCGCCCCGCGUGGCUCUGGGGCGCCGAGAUGGGCGCCAACGACCGCGGCGUCUGCGUGGGCAACGAGGGCGUGUGGACACGCGAGCCCGUGGGCCAGGAGGAGGCGCUGCUGGGCAUGGACCUGGUCAGGCUGGCUUUGGAGCGCGGCGGCUCCGCCCGGGAGGCGCUGGAGGUGAUCACGGCUCUGCUGGAGCGCCACGGCCAAGGCGGCAGCUGCAAGGAGGAGCCGGUGCCCUUCGUGUACCACAACACCUUCCUGCUGGCCGACCGCGGCGAGGCCUGGGUGCUGGAGACUGCCGGGCGCUACUGGGCGGCGCAGCGCAUCCGCGAGGGAAGCCGCAACAUCUCCAACCAGCUGAGCAUCGGCAGCGACAUCGCGGCCGAGCACGCGGGGCUGCGGGAGCGAGCGCGGAGCCAGGGCUGGUGGAGCGGGCGCGGGGAGUUCAGCUUCGCUCGGGCUUUCUCCCUCGACAAGCAGCCCCCGCGCAUGGAGGCUGCCAAGGCCAGGUUCCAGGCUGGGAAGGAGCUGCUGCGGCGGCACGAAGGUGACAUCACGGCAGAGACGCUGAUGUCCAUCCUGCGGGACAAGGAGAGCGGGAUCUGCGUGGACAGCGAGGGGUUCCGCACGGCCGGCAGCAUGGUGUCCGUGCUGCCCCGCGACCCCGCCCUGCCCUGCGUGCACUUCUUCACCGCCACCCCCGACCCCUCCAGGUCUGUCUUCAAGCCCUUCGUGUUCGUGGCCGGCAUCAAGCCGGCGCCGCAGGUGAGGUCCCCGAGCUUCCCGCAGGAUCCCGCCAAGCAGAUCCCGAGGUUCCGCAGCUCCGUGGAUCGGCGGCACGAGCUGUACCGCCGGCACCAGGCGGCGCUGGAGCGCACGGAGCGGGACCCGGAGUGGGGUCAGAAGCUGCUGCAGACCCUGCAGGAGCUGGAGAAGCAGGGCCUGCAGGGGAUGAGGGAGCUGCUGCAGGGCACUGUCAGCCCCUGCCCCGAGGAGCUGGCCGACCUCUUCUUCGACUGCGUGGAGGCCGAGAUGAAGUUUUACACCUAAACCCCCCCCAGAGCCUCGCCUGGGGGCUGGAUGGCGCCAGCAGCUCGCUGGGACUCACCGGAUGCCACCGGAGGGGACAGCAGUGUCCCUCGGGGGCG